UCAGCGGAAAGCUGAUGCAGAAGAACUAGGCCACCUAGAAUUGCUUCAUUUUGCCUGCAGUUUCUUGGGCCACUAGCACUUGCCAAAAUGCCUGAGCGAAACCAGCAGUCGGGCGGGCAGCCUGCGCGGCAGGAGGGCCAAGGGCAAUCCAUCUUCAGAACCAUCAUCCAAGGCGUCGCCAUGUAUAUGGCCAUGCAGUUUGUGCUGAAGCAGUUCAUGGGCGGGUCCAAGACCACGCCCGCCCGUGACGCCAACGGCAACGCCGUCCAGGUUGCCGUACCACCCUACAGCGAACGGCCGACACACUUGAACGAAGGCGCCACCUACAACCAUGUACCACAGCUCGUUGCCCCGAUCUGGCCUGACAACAGCGCAGUCGACAUCGUCGUGACCGUCUCGCCGUCCUUCGGGCUCACCCCGCUCAAGGAAUACUCCAAAGACGCCGUCGUGCUGGAAGAGAAGCAGUUCCGGAUAAGCAAUUGGACAGACAAGCGCACUGCUGAAGGUACCAUUUCCAUCCCGACACCGGUUCAGCAAAACGGCACGUUGUGGGGACAUUUUUACGUCGGAUUGUCUGGCGCUGUCUUGGAUCCGACGCAGCAGGGCUACGACCCAGCCUCGGCUUACCACUUUGUCUAUCCCCUCACCCAGUACAUCCCGAAGAAGAAGGCAGCCAAAACGAGGAACCUGCUGGGAGACUCGCAGGAGGCUUCUGAAGAGUCUCCCGAGGACGAGCCGGAGCCGUAUGGGCCCAUCAUUGCGAACUACUACCACCCGAACGUCUCGCUGUCAUUUAUCCCGAACACGGGUGUCAUAUCGUUGCCGCAGGCGCCUCCCGCGGUUCGCCAAUUCCUGCGCCUCGAGGCAACUGGUGCGCGGGACGGCACCGGCCAGAACUCGUGGUACUACCCGAUCCUUUUCGUCAACACAUUCUGGCAGCUCAAAUCGCACAUGACCCUCCUGAACGACACGGUCAAGAGUAUGCCCAUCCGUAUCGACCUAAACAACCUCGCCGACUGGAAGUUCAAGACCAUGGCGUCGAUCGAUUUGAGCAGCAAGGAAUCUGCUCGCCAGGCCGCCUAUGGAAACUCGCUGCCGGGUGGCGGCGACGGAACUGAGAUUGAAAUGAUCAAGGAGAUAUUCAUUGACACGAACCCCAUCCUUCUUGGCAUCACCGUCGUCGUCAGCAUCGCCCAUAUGAUUCUCGAGACGCUGGCGUUUGGCUCUGACAUUGCGCACUACCGCAAAAAGAAGGACAACGUGGGCAUCUCGGUGCGCUCAAUCCUUGCCAACGUCUUCAUGCAGACAGUCAUCUUCCUCUACCUGAUUGACCAGUCCCAAAACACGAGCUGGAUGAUUCUGGGUGGGCAGGCCGUCGGUAUCGUCAUUGAGCUGUGGAAGAUCACGACGGUGGUCAACGUCCGGGUGCGCCCCGCUCCAGGAUCUCUGAUCCCGUAUCGCAUAUCCUUCGAGGACAAGCACAAGCUCAGCGAGACAGAGGAGAAGACCAAGGAAUACGACGAGAUCGCCUUCAAGUACAUGUACAUGGCCGGCGUCCCGCUGCUCAUUGCGUAUGCCACUUACUCGCUAGUGUACGAGACACACAAGUCGUGGUAUUCGUAUAUCAUCGCGACGUUGGUCGGGUCGGUGUAUGCGUACGGCUUCCUCAUGAUGGUGCCGUCGCUCUACAUCAACUACCGGCUCAAGAGCGUGGCGCACAUGCCGGCCAAAGCGAUGAUGUACAAGUUCCUCAAUACCUUCAUCGACGACCUUUUCGCCUUCACCAUCAAGAUGCCCUUCCUGCACCGCCUGGCGACGUUCCGCGAUGACAUCAUCUUCUUCAUCUAUCUAUACCAGCGCUGGGCGUACAAGGUGGAUUACACUCGCGUCAAUGAAUUUGGACAAGGAGGCGAGGAUGAGGAGGAGUCGGACAAGAAGGAGGCGGAGAAGACGGAGACUAAGAGUUUGCCCACUGGGACUGCGGAGAGCAAGACCGCUGUCAAGGCCACGGGCGCGGAUGCCGCCAGGGCGACCAAGAGGAAAUAGGGAUAGAUGGACGGUUAUUCACAGGAUAUAGAUUUGGGUAUGUAACUUGGAGAAUAGGGAACAAGGUACGAUACAGAUGGCAGAGCACGACAGAUUUCCUUUGAUGUUGGCCCGACACCAACUCCUGCUUCAAUCAGUGGUUACAGACAAGUUGUCUCGGGAUAAAGGUUUGAGCUUCUCUUAUGGUUAUCGGUGGCCAUCUCCUGACCGAAGCGUGAUGCAGCAGUCUGUCC